UUUAAAGCACUCUGUGAAAAAGGCGGUUUACAACGCUUUUCCCCUUUCCCUUCUGUGUUUUCUCUCAUCUAUUUUUUCUCUCUCUUCAUCCAGACGCCAUUAAAGCUUGAAGCUCGACCUUUUUCUCUUCUCGGCUUGCAUCCAUUUCUCCUUCCCAUUGUCCGUAUUCGCGCUGCUUACGUCGUCUACGUUAUUAACCGGUUCAGAAACCCUAAUAUAAUUUCGAGUUGUACAUUUCGGUUUCAAAAUGCCGGCUACAGCAGGUCGGGUGCGUAUGCCCGCAAAUAACCGGGUUCACAGCAGUGCUGCCCUUCAGACUCACGGUAUUUGGCAGAGUGCGAUUGGUUAUGAUCCCUAUGCUCCCACUAAAGAUGAUUCCAAGGCUGCUUCUCAGAGCAAGGACGAGGCAGAUCCUGAGAAUGCUUACGCAAAUUUCCAGGGUUUGCUCGCUCUAGCUCGUAUCACUGGUUCAAAUAAUGAUGAAGCCCGUGGUGCUUGCAAGAAGUGUGGCCGUGUUGGCCAUCUUACUUUCCAGUGCAGGAACUUCCUGAGUGCUAAAGAGGAGGAGAAAGACCCAGAAAUGAUUCAGGCCAAUGUCAUGGCAGGGUUAAAGAAAAUUAAGGGUAGUGUUGGGAGAAGGAACGGUACUGCUGCUGAAAGAUCAGAGGAGAGUUCCGAUGUGGAUGAUGAGACUGAGAGCUCUGAUUCUAGUGAAGAUUCAGAGAUGGAGAAGAUUAUUGCUGAACGAUUUGGGAAGAAGAAGGCCAGCAGCAAAUCGAAGUCUGCUAAAAGGAAGAAAGAUAUAUCGGAUGAUGAAAAUUCUGAUUCUGGAAGGAGGAAGAAAAGGGGUAGGUCUAAGAAGAGGAGGAGUGGGAAAAGAUUAGGGAGUGAUUCAGAUGGUGAAAUCGAUGGUAGCAGGAAAAGGAGAAAGGAAAAGAGAAGGAAAAAGGAUGAGUCAUCUGAUGAGGAGGAGGAAAGUCGAAAGAGGAAGAGUAGAAAGGAGAAGAGGAGAAGGAGGAGCCAUCGGCAUGCUGAUGAUUCAGAUGAUUCUGAUGAAUCUCCUAGGCGGCACAAGAGAAAGAGCAGGAGGGCCAGAUCACCUUCUGAUUCUGAUGUUAGUAACUCAGAUGAUGCCAGGGUUGGAAGGCACUCAAAACGUUCAGACAAGAAGAGCCGGAAACGGAAUCGUGAAGAUGCUGAGUAAUGUUGUUAUCUUCAGGGAAUGGGUUUCAUGUACCAAGUCAUCUGCGCUGGCUAAUACAAUGUUACAUGGCUGAGCACUGUGAAAUAUGUCAUCUAUGUUCCAAGUUUCUGCGGAAUGAAGAUUAAAUAUAUUAGGAGGGCUUUUGUCCUUUGUAUUCUGUUGUACUAAAACUGGUUGCUUUUUAUGUAUGGAGCCUUCCAUUCAAUCUUUGCUUGUUUGUUCUAUAUGAACUCGACAAAUUUAUUUUCAUCUCUAAGAAAAAAAUAUAUAGUAAUUCUGUUUUCA